GAACCCGACGUUCGUCCGCCUUUGCCAGACACGGCAAUACCGGCCUCCCACAUCGAGAACCGCCUCAGACAGCAAGAAUGUAGCUUGCUACAUGCACUCCCAGAUGCACGCGGGACAAAAUGGCCAUACCGGCAAUCCGCGGACCAGCAUACCCGUGGGCAUCGGGAUGCCUCUCUCAUCCGGGUCCGAGAAUCACGCGGUACCGACGUCAGGGAAUUUACAAUUGACAGGCCCACCGAAGCUAGUACAUAUGUCGCAUACCGAGCAGCGGAAGACGGGUCAGAAAAUCAUCGAGGUUGGGGCGAUGGCUGUGCUGAAUAUGGCUUCUGCGAACACGAAUGGGAAGGUGGAGAAUAUUGAUCCAAGACUGCUGCUGAUGGGAUAUAAGGGCCGUGCAGGAGAGAAGAUUGGUGCGCCGAGUCCAGAGGCGGUGGAGGAGAGGGACGAGCCAAGAGAGAAGAUGCUGAGGGAGUUGGUGAAGAUGGAGAAGAUGCUGAAGGAAGGCGAAGGGGGUGAAAAAGAUGAGAGGGGUUUGAAGGGGUGCGAGGUGAUUAGAGAGGUGUUGGGAAAGAUGGGGGAGAAGGGCGGUGGAAGAGAGGGGGGCGAGAGUCACGGAGAUGCUCAUGAAGCAAACAUUAAGAUUGAAGGUUCCGAGGCGGUUUCCUCUGACGAGGGUAGCCCGCUGACCGACGAGGAAUUUAUGCGCGAGUUUAGGGAUUUCUCCUCGCCUUAGGAGGUCCGGAAACGCAAGAACAUCUCAAAGGUCCAGCAGCCAUCGAACAACGCUAUUUACAUUUCCUAAUAUACAUGUGAAGGAUUAAGUGGUAUUUUCAUAGUCGAACCAGGCUAACAUCGAUAUUUCCUAGUUUAAACUGCAUGGGCAACGGGGUUUCAUAGACUGGUUUUGGGAUUUACAUAAAUCAGCUUCA